AUGCAGCACAUGGACGUGAAGUAUUGCCAGCUCCUGGAGGAAUGGGGCAUCCCUUUCUCCGUGGUGCUCUGCAAGACGGAUGCCGCACCUAUUCGAUUUCUCGCCCGGCUGGCAGAUUACACUCGAUGCCAGCUCGUGCACUUCGACCAAUGUAAGGAGCUGAUGUUGACUAGUUCCUUACGUUUGGCGGGCAUCGAUAAAAUGCAAGAUCUCAUUGCAAGUAUGGGUAUCACUGAGAGCAAAUUGAGCGGCGCAACAAUGGAUUUCUCUAUGCUUGUGUAA